AUGGGGAAAUUGCCUUCACAACGCAUUACUCCUGACUUCCCUUUCAAGUCCGUUGGAACUGACAUGGCCGGACCAUUCUAUAUUGUAAAUCGUAAAGGCCGCGGGGCCAGGUUGAUGAAAUGCUAUCUUUGUUUAUUUAUUUGCCUUCGUUUUAAAUGUUUACACUUAGAGGCCGUUAGUGACCUCUCUAAAGAUGCCUUCAUCAUGACUUUGCAUAGAUUUGUUUCGCGCCGCGGUAAACCAGCUGAGAUCUAUUCUGAUAACGGACGCAAUUUUGUAGGAGCGGCAAGGGAGCUCAGUAAAUUCACCGAUACACAAAACAUCGCGUUAACUGAAUUUACAGCUCAGCAAAACAUCAAAUUUAACUUCACUCCAUCUUACUCUCCUCACUUCGGCGGCAUAUGGGAGGCCGGUGUGAAAUCGGCAAAGUAUCAUAUCAAACGAGUCAUGGGGAAUUCACAUUUAACUUUUGAAGAAAUUCUAACUUUGUUUGCACAAGUGGAGGCUAUUUUGAAUAGUCGUCCCUUGUGCCCAUUAUCCACUUCCCCUGACGAUUUCCUUUUCCUUUCCCCAGGGCACUUCUUGAUCGGAAGACCACUAAAUGCUCUGCCGGCUCGCGCCUUGGAGAAUGAAAAGGAACCGCAAUUGAAACGCUACGCACGUCUCGAGCAAAUCAAACAACAUUUCUGGCUGAGGUGGCAAAAGGAGUACAUCUGCGAACUACAAAUACGUACAAAAUGGAAAACAAACAAGGCUAAACUAAAGGUUGGAGACUUGGUGCUCAUAAGUGAAGAUUCCCUGCCGCCGUUAUGCUGGAGUACCGGACGAGUAACCAGGCUAUUAUAUCCAGGGCCAGAUGGGAUUCCUCGUGUUGCUGAUGUUCAAACCACGGUGGGUUGUUAUCGCCGUCCUCUGGUUCGCCUCUGCCCGUUACUCGACGAUGAAGACACAGAGUUGAAGAAUCUGGAUUCUUCAACGGGGGGAGUAUGUUAA